CCUGACUUUGCCCCUCGAUCGUUAUCGCCGAACCCCUGUUUCUUGUGCUAUCGCAUGAUUAGGCGAAGGUCUCGCCCAUGCCUCGCUGUCCAUUUCAACCUCUUUGACUGCCCAUCACAUCCAACCCAACUUUCCUCCUCAAAUCCGCUGACCAACUCUCAACAUCGACUCUGCCCAACUGGUAUUUGCGCUCCUCGAUUACCACCCCCGAUCGGCAGAAUACUACCGCCUGACACUACUUGUCCUCUUCGUGUUCCCGGCUUCAUUCCGCUUGGUCCAGUGCCCGUCAACGAAGGCACUCUAACGCGCGCCCUAUUUUAGUCCUCGAGUCCUCGACUGUCUCGAAUACCCUCCGUCUUCGUUCGUGCACGAACUUACUUGUCAACCACAUCUCCCACUACACAAUCAGAUAGCACAGUAUCACUCGAGUCACAAUGUCAGGAGGCGCCGCUGCAAAGCAACGCUUGAUGCAGGAGCUCAAGGUCUUGGAGAAGGAGAAAUGGCUCAACAUAGAGGUGAGUCGCUCGAAUCAAUGUCUUCAAUGGUGAAGUCGCUUACAAUGCGAAAUAGCUUCAAAAUGGUGAUCUCUUCAAAUGGAGCAUCGCGCUCAUGGUUGUCAACCCAGAGAGUGCAUUCAACGGUGGAUACUUUAAGGUCAGCACCAAAGAUCGAGUACGAGCCCAUGAUAGCUAACCCUUUGAUUCCAGGCCGAGAUGGGCUUCUCCGACAAGUAUCCAUUCCUUCCUCCUACCUUCAAAUUCAUUCGACCGAUCUAUCACCCGAACAUAUACACGGACGGCAAGGUCUGCAUUUCCAUUCUCCACCCUCCAGGAGAGGACGAGCAAUCCGGAGAAUUGGCCAGCGAACGAUGGUCUCCCCUUCAGGGUGUCGAGUCUGUUCUACGCUCGGUUCUUCUGCUUCUCGAUGAUCCCGAGAUUUCCUCCCCUGCCAAUGUCGAUGCCAGCGUAAUGUAUCGUGACAAUAGAACUCAUUACAACAUUAAGGCCAGUGAGGCGGUCAGUAUUUCUCAGAAGGAUAUUCCCGAUGGAUUUGUCAUGCCAAAGACACUCGAAUCGGCUCCUCCCGAGAAGCUCAUAGAAGAUGACAAUUUCUGGAAUGAGAGCGAUGGAGAGGAGGAUGAUUUUGGGGCAAGCGACAGUUCCGGGGAGGAUUUCGAAAUGGACGAAGAUGAAGAAGAGGGUGACGAAGACGAAGCCGAGGACGAGGAGGAGGAAGAAGAGGAGAAGUAGUGAAACUCUCUUCGCUCCAUUUCCCGACAACUUACGUUUUCUUCACUCUAAAAAUACUGGACCACAUAUAUUCAUUUAUUGAACAGCAUAGCAUAGCGGCGGUCUACCUUGAUGGCUCAAGACGGCGUUUGGGCAAGGCAGGGAAGGGGCAUGGCAUUACCUGCGGCGUACUUUGUUUAUGGCACUCCGCUUUUGAGACGUUACUUUUUUUAUCUGGCGUAGGGCUGACUGACUGGUGAGGUAGCAUGUGGG